GCGGGAGGAGGAACUGGGCGGUCACUAUUCAACCCCACUGCGGCGCGCAAGGAGGAACCGCCUGUCUCUCUGUUAACAGAGGAACAUCUCCAGCAGCGCUCUGUGUCCUCACACCUCACUGCCUUCCAGAAACGGUGGCGGUUUACUGGGAAACACAAUGUGUGUGUACGGUUUUCCCUCACUGCAGAAACCCUGAAACACUGCGCGGUCUGCUCAGACACGAUUUAAAACAGGGCUAUGAGAGUAUAGGAGUUAAUUCUGUGCUGUGGAGUGACUUGUGAGGAGCAGGAUGCUGGAGGAGGAAGAUUUGGAGGUGGCAGGAGGAGGAGGAGGAGGAAUGAGCCUUCAGGCUGAGGUAGAGAGGUUGACGGCUGAGCUUCAGGAGGCCAAUGAAGAGAAGCUGCAAGCAGCGCGGUAUGGCCUGGCCGUGCUUGAGGAGAGCGCUACGCUAAAGACCAAACACGUCCAUCUAGAAGAAGAGCAUGAAGCCCUCAAACUGGAGCUACAGCAACUCCGUGAGGCCCUGGCCGACUCCGUUAGCAGUCAGAAGCGUGCUGUAGCAGAUGGGGAGACUCGAGAAGAGUGUUUGCUACAGGAGACGGCCAGCAAAGAGGCUGCCAUGGCAACGCGAAUGGAAGAGCUGCAGGCGGAGCUGAAGCAGGCUCGUCUGGCACAGGCAAAUACCAUGGCUGAAAUUGAGAGAAUGGCCAUUGUUUCUACUCAGAUGAAGAAGGAGUGUGAGUGUUUGGAGGCUGAAAAGGCUCACUUGAGAGACGAGUUGAAGGAGUUUAAAGUUCGGGAGCUUCAGCAGCUUCAGGAUAACAGUGAGCUGGAGGAGGAGAACAUCUCUCUGCAGAAGCAAGUUUCUGUUCUCAAGGAGAACCAGGUGGAGUUUGAGGCUCUGAAGGUGGAUCUGACUCAGAAAGAUGAGGAGCAGGAUUUGCUGCGGGCCCAGCUGGAGGAGGCUGGCCGGCUAAAAGAAAUCGCAGAGCGGCAGCUGGACGAGGCCCUCGAGGCCCUGAAGGAGGAGCGCGAGCAGAAGAACAGUCUGAAGAGGGAGUUGGCUGCACACACUCUGAACCCCUUUGACUCCGUGGUUCAUUUAGACCUGCAGUUGGAUGAUAGUUUGGAUGGUGGAAAAGACAAGGAGGGAGGAGAAGACGGAGAGGGGGAUCAGGACAGCGGCUACAACAACUCCAAAGGAGGCGAGAAACAGCGAUGCUCAACGCCGAGAAACCGUGACAUCUUCCUCCGGCCUCAGGCUCCAGGGCUGGUGGCCGACCUGCUGAGCGAGCUGCAUCUCUCUGACAGUCAGAAGCUCAAACAGCAGGUGCUGCAGUUGGAAAAGGAGAAGGGCAUGCUCACCGAUACAGUCCAGGACCUCCAGGAGCAGCUUGUCCAGUCUAAAGAGAUUUUGGAUGAGCACAAAGUGAAGGUGGAGCAGUUGUCUCAGCGUUUAGAAGCUAUGGAGGGUUGCUCCAAUUUGUCUGCUUCGCAAUCAAGAAGAGGCGAAAAGGGGGCCUCUACUGGCCCGGCCUCUGGCCCUCAUCAGAACGGUGUGGAAGCGAAAAACGAAGAUGAUUUCUACGAGCUGGAUGCUAAAAGCGCAGAAGUGCUGGAGUGUCGCAUGCGGGCAGCCAACGCCGAGCUGAUGCAGCUGCGGGACGAGCUAAGGGAGGCGGGCAACCACUGCAAGACUUUAGACGAGCGGUACAAGCAGGAAAAAGAGCGCUGGAGGGCAGAGGCACAAGAGCUUGCAGACAAAAUCCGCCAGUGCAUUGCUGCAAGCCGGCAGGACCAAGAGCGAAUUGGCCAGCUGGAACGGGAGAUAGGUGCUACUCGGCGGGUUGCCACUGACUCAGAGGGCCACCUCAGUGCCACCCAGGAGGAGCUUCUGGCCUUUUCUGAAGAGCUGGCCAACCUUUACCAUCAUGUGUGCGUGUGCAACAACCUCACACCUAGGCGGGUCACAUUGGACUACUAUCGUGAAGGAGCAAGGAGCGGAAGACACCACCAUUCAAACACUAAUCAUCACCAUGGGGCUUUUCGGAAGCAGAGGAGGUCGACGGAGGCGUUUGGGAAGGGAGUGCACUCUGUAGAUGUAGACCUCGAAAGAGGUAGUGGAGACACUUCGCCUACUUGUGGAAGUUGUCCUGGGUCGCCCACAAUGGAGUUUAGGGACCCUACCAAUGUGCGGAACCUCGUCGCUCUUAUCCGGUGCCAGAUUAAACACCUCCAGGUGGCUGUAGACCUGUGCAGGCAGCGUGGCACUUUGCCCUCCCCAUCAGUUGUGAGCUUCUCUGAAUCCGACCGUGAUGCAGACGCAUUGCUUGAGGAGGUGUUGAAGCUGAAGUCUCUUCUAAGCACCAAGAGGGAGCAGAUCGCCACACUCAGGACUGUCCUAAAGGCAAACAAACAGACAGCAGAGCUAGCCCUAAGUAACCUGAAGACCAAGUAUGAGACUGAGAAGACCAUGGUGUCUGAGACUAUGGUGAAGCUUAGGAACGAGCUGAAGGCUCUGAAGGAGGACGCCGCGACCUUCUCCUCACUACGGGUCAUGUUUGCUAGCAGAUGCGACCAGUAUGUGACUCAGUUGGACGAGAUGCAGAGGCAGCUAGCUGCUGCGGAGGAUGAGAAGAAGACACUCAACUCUCUCCUCCGUAUGGCUAUACAGCAGAAGCUGGCCCUGACUCAGCGGUUGGAGGACCUGGAGGCUCCCUUGCACUCCCACAGCAACGGGGGCAGCCCACGACGGUCCCGCACCAAGCAGCUGAGCACCAAGUCAGGUCGAGCUCCACGGAGUCCCAUGAGGAACAGCCCACGCGCCAGUCCUGUGAUGAUGGCAUCAACUGGCCCUCAAACCAUGAGUGGCCAUUUGAGGGCGCUCUCACGCAGCCUUCAUGGCAGCCCUCGGUGAAAGUUCCUCACCACCACCCUCCUCUCCUCCUCCAGUGUGUGUGGACCGUGUUCAUGCCCAGCUCAGAACCACCCUUAACCCUCCAGACCUGACGUGACAUCCACCUCAUCCCAGACCACAACACAUUGGCCUUCUCUCUCUCUCUCUCUCUCUCUCUCUCUGUCUGUCUCUUUCUUAGUCUUUAUCUGUCAUAUUAUUUCAUUUUUGUUUGUUGUUAGGGCUCCAAACACUAAAGGUGCUGGAAGCCUUUUGCUUUGUUUGUUCUUUCAGCCCUUUUUUAUUAUUUUUUCAAGUCAUUUGUUCUCCUUUAUUGUGUCUUUGGUUCUACCUCAUUUUCCUUCUUUUUCCAUUGUUCACUGUCCUGUUUCACCCUCCUCUUUAUCUAUUAACUCUCUGCUCUGUUGGCUCAUGUGUUGUGCAGCUUUGAGGAACUAAAGCUGGGCAGAGCCUCAUCUCAUUUCAUUAAGGUGGGGUUUCUGGAGUAAGGCAAGUUUUUCCAACUUGCCUUCAGUCUCUCAUGGACAUUGUGCUACACCAAAAACCACUCGAAGACAACCAACCAAUCUAGAACUGACCUGAGGUGAUCAACUUUUUUUUGUGAUUUCUUUAUCUGCUGUACGGGCAGUUGUGGCUGUGUGUUUGCAUCCGCUCAUCAUGGACAUGAUUAUCAUAGCAAUAUUGGGCUUUAAAUUAUACUGUAUUUAUUUCUCUCUUUUUUCUAUUAAGAAAUGUACAGAAGACACACAAGGUUUAAAUUAUUAUUACAGGAUUGAUCAUGUACAUCACAAGGUAUACUUGUUAAAAGUUCAAUGGAAUCCAUCAACAAGCUUUAUUUAUGUCCACAGUUUAAUUGUCUAGCUGAUGGGUAGAUAUUCUUGGGAGUUCAGAGGUAUUCCUGAUUCUUCAUUUUUAAAUCCACUUGUGUUUUUUUUAUAAGUUCCACUGGCUGACAAGAUAUCAGCAAAGUUUUGGACUUUUCAGGUUUGGAGCAAAUUCAUUUAAACUCUGGUUUUAUGCCCAUGUCUGAUCCUGUAUGUAAAAGUUUGACCCUGCAAUGUUUUCACCAAAAAAUGAAAACUUGUUCACUAAAUUCUUGUUUGUCUGAUGUACAUUGUUAAAUUUUUACUCCGCCUCAGAACAUGUGCAGUUUAAAGAAAUAAUUAAAAGACCAGUAUACCAUGAUACUCAUGCCUAUAAUGAGUAUAUGUGAACUACUGACCACAACUGUGUUCAGAUAGGAUUGUGUAUGAUGGAAAUGAAAACCUGAUUCAUUUUGUUAGUUAAUAUAUGAAGAGCUGACCAGUCCUACGUAAAAGUAUGUUCAUAUGCUACAUUCCCUACGUCUGAGUCAUUGUUAACAGUAACACAUCAGUCUCAAUGUGUUUGUCCUUCAGAUGUCUGUAUCAAAAAAAACCCUGCUGAUUGGGAUUAAUCUCUGUUUGCUAAACGAUGAAGUUCAUGUCCUGCAACAAUACAUGUAAGAUUACCCUUUAAGGAACUGUACAAACAGAACUGUUACUUUCACUGUACCUCUGACUCAGUGACGAGAGCUGCUAACGAAAAGUAAUCCACAUCUACAACUGUUGUCUAUGCAGCGGUAUGGAGGUCUUGCUGCUAACCAGACCACGCAUAAAAAGAACAGAUUAAGCUUGUCCAGUUUUUGAACAGUACUGCCAGUUUUUUAUCUUCAUCACAGGGUUAAAUACAAAGCACUGUUCUAAUGAACAAUCUGUUACAGGGUGGGCAAUGUGGUAAGAAAAAGAAAAUAUUACAAUAUUGAUUAUUGCGAUACAUGAGAUUUCAGAUAAAUUGCAUCAGUAGUGAUAGAUUGUGCAAAUACCCUCUAAUUCAGUUAUUUCUAGUCAUCAUGUCCUACACUUUGUCCAGUGAAACAAGACUAAUAGCACUGUUUAUGAUUAAAUGCAGACUUGAUCAGUGUCCAGUAAACACUGGUAUUCUUGAUGUACUUUUUAAAGUAUAUUGUGGAACACAAUAAAACAAAAUCCAUCACGAUACGAUUUAAAUAAUGUCAUAUUGCCCACCCCUACUCUGUUACGCAUUUGGGACAAAGCCAUGUUUGUUUUUAAUUAUUUAAGUAUGACUAUGUUGAACAUUUUGUCUGAGCAAUACGGCACUGGAAUUAAUGCUAAAGGGAACACAUCAUGGGAGCAAAUUAGGAUCAGAAAAUAGUGCCUUAACUUUUUUUUGAUUGGUGGAUUUGUUUUUAGGUAAAAUUGACUGCGUCUUCUUGCUAAUUUAUUUUUGGAGGUGUUUAUUUCUUUUGUUUGUUUUAAUUCAAAUAUUACUUUUUGUAACAAAAAGUUGAAGUUGUGCUUUACUGUGCUGUUACUGAUUGCUCCAUUCCCCGCAUUUCAUCAGUAACUCGCGUUUAAAUGUAGGUAAUUGCUACUGAAAGGUUUCGCUGUUCUUGUUAAAGCAGCGAGCUUGUUGAUGUACAUUUUAAGAUUAAUGAAUCAUAGUUAAUCAGCUGUCCGCACAUGAGGAAACCUGCUCGCUUGCCACCCUGCAAGUUGGUCAGCAGCAUGCUAAUACUUGUUGUUAAUACAUGUGUGGAGUGGUUGUAGUUGGCCUGCAUUCUUACCGUGUGAAGACAGUGUUGUGAUCCUUACAGAAACUGAUUGCUGAAAGGUCUCCAUUUAAAAGAAAAAGAUACUAUGUUAAGCUACGAAGGUUCUUCAGUCUUCAUUAAAUGUCUUACCUCGGUGUAAAAAAAAAAAUUGCCUGUUUAGACCUUUUAAAUUCUUCUAACCUUUUUAACCCACUGGUUCCCUUUGAUACAUUCCCUCACUGAGGACCUCCUUCAAGAAAGGUGUAAUUUUCAUAUACAGUCCCAAACCUUUUUUUUCUGUGAAAUAAGUGUAGCAUAAAAAUAAACUUAUUAAAACGUUA